AUCUGUUGGGCUAGUCCUGCGCAGGUUCGAAUCCUGCUGUCGACGUAAAUUUAUUUUUUUAUCUGUAAAUCUUCAAGUCCAGCCAAUAAUCUUUGAUUUUUGCCAUCAUCGUCCCGUCCAACGAUCUCAAGUCCACGAUUGCGAUUACAGUCGAACAAUUAGGGGAGAAGCUCCUCAGGGUUCCUCAAUGGAGAAUUAGGAGGUCUCAAUCUCAGCAUGGAGCUCUACUUUUACAAUUUAAUGUGUUCGGCUGUAAUAUCUGGAUUUCUAACUUGAAAUUGCAAUAUAUAGCUCCUAGGGCAGGAAUUUCACAAUUCUGGGAAGAUGUUUGUGAAUCCACAAAUGGAGGUCCUCUGGCUCAAAAGGAAAUUUGAUUGAGUCUUCUAACACAGGGAAAUAUUGUUUCAGAAUUCAAGCAGGUUUAUAAGGGAUGGAUGAGUCAUGGCCACUUCAUGAAUUUGUAAUAAUAGGAGAAGAAGGCGGCAAGCGGUCCCCAAGUGUGUAGAAGAGUCUCCUCAAUGCCACCUUGAACGGGCAAAGAGUACCUCUGCCACAAAUUUAAUGGGUGGGUCUAGCCAGCCAACCGACCCACCCCAUCAAUCACAGUCUCAAUGGUUUUGUGAAGGUGCUUGCUUUCCCUUUGUAGCUUCUAUUGACUUUGAAGAAUUCAAGCUUCCUUUGUUCCAUUACCGCUUCAGAUUCCUCUUGGAGAGUGAACUUACCCUAGAAGAGGCUUCCAUUGUCAAGCCUAAUGGUGCACUUAGGCUCACAAACAGUACACAGAAGAAUGUUUCAGGCCAUGCAUUCUAUCACCAAUCUAUAAGAAUGUCUGAUACAAAUUCUCCAAAUGCUUCCCCCUUCAGCACAUCAUUUGUUUUCACAAUAAAAACCCCAAAAUCCGGCGAUGGUGGUCAUGGCAUCGCCUUCACCUUGUCGCCUUCGCCAGGGUUUCCUGGGGCUGAAGCUGGGCAUUAUCUUGGCAUCUUCAAUCCUACAAACAACGGAAGUGCUUCCAACCAUGUUUUCGCUGUGGAAUUUGAUACGGUUAAUGGGAUCAAUGAGAAUUCGGACUCUAAAGGAAACCAUGUUGGAAUCAACCUUAACAGCAUGGUCUCAGUUGCAUCAGAACCGGCUUCUUACCACACCAGCGAGUCAAAUAAAGAGGAUGUUUGGUUGGAGAGCGGUGAUCCUAUCCGUGCUUGGAUAGAGUAUGAUGGUAUAAAUAAAGUGAACGUUUCAAUAUCUAGAGCAGACAUGGUGAAACCAACGAUACCUCUCAUCUCCCAUGAGGUUAACUUAACUUCCAUUGUUAAAGAGACCAUGUAUGUUGGCUUCUCUGCCUCCACAGCAGCAGAGCAAGCCAGCUCGCAUUACAUCUUGGGAUGGAGUUUUGUAUUGAAUUCUACAGAGGCUCCUCCAAUCAAUGUUUCUAUGCUUCCAGUGAUACCAAAUGAGGAAAAUUCCCCUGCUUACCAGAACUCUACCAUUGUGCUUAUUUCGGUUUUAUCCAGCGUGACUGUACUUCUGUUCAUAUCAGGGCUUUUCGUACUAUACAGGAGGAGGACGGGGGAUGAGUGUCUUGAAGAAUGGGAAUUGGAUUGUCCUCACAGGUUCAGAUACAGAGAUCUGUACAGAGCAACCAAGGGUUUCAAAGACAGUGAGGUGGUUGGAAAAGGCGGAUUCGGUGUAGUUUACAGGGGAGUGAUACCCACCAGUGGUUCCGAAAUAGCUGUUAAGAAGAUUAGUCGUAAUUCGAUUCAAGGGUUGAGAGAAUUCGCGGCAGAGAUUGAAAGUUUGGGGAGAUUAAGGCACAAGAACUUGGUCAAUCUUCAAGGUUGGUGUAAGAAAAAAAAUGAUCUUCUUAUAGUGUACGAGUACAUUCCAAAUGGAAGCCUUGAUUUUCUCCUCUUCAAGCCUCCAAACGGCCUUGUUUUGCCUUGGGACCAAAGAUUCAACAUCAUCAAAGGCAUAGCUGCAGGGUUGCUGUAUUUACAUGAAGAAUGGGAGCAGGUUGUGAUUCAUCGAGACGUGAAGUCAAGCAAUGUACUCAUAGAUGCUGAUAUGAAUGCUCGAUUAAGUGACUUCGGUCUGGCUAGACUCCACGAUCAUGGUGCAUUUUCCCACACUACUAGCAUCGUAGGCACGAUCGGGUAUAUCGCUCCUGAAUUGGCUAGAACCGGCAAGCCAUCUACAAGCUCUGAUGUGUUUGCAUAUGGGGUUUUGCUUAUCGAAAUCGCUACUGGUAGAAGGCCUAUUGAUUCAACCACAUUCAUAUUGGUGGAUUGGGUGAUGGAGUGUAAACAACUAGGUCAAAUUCUUGAUGUAGUGGAUCCGCGGCUCGAGUCACAUUACUCAGUUGCAGAGAUGGAGUUGGUUUUAAAACUGGGGCUUCUUUGUUCUCAUAAUGAACCAGAAGCUAGACCUACCAUGAGACAAGUUACUAGAAUUCUUAAUGGGGAAGAAAAUCUUCCAGUGACUGAUUACUCUGCCUCCAUGGAUUCUAGAUGGAGUGGAAGAAUGGCCUCUAGAUACGUAGAAGCAGUUUCUUCAGAUAUGAUUACUGCAUCACAUCUCUCAUCUUCUUUUGGGAUAUCUUCUAACUCUAUAGAUGCAGGCAGAUAGCAGCAGAGUCCAAGUCAAUUUUAUAAAAUUUUCUUAGUUUCUUAGAUAAUGCAUUUUCCUUUUCCUCUUUAGGGAUCUUGUAUAAGAACACAUCAUAUUAUGGGAUUAGAUCCAAUUAGAUGUAAUCAAACUUACU